AUGAGUUCCCUGUUAGUAUCCUCUACUGCAUGCACUUCACUACGGCGAUGUCUUUGUGUACGAAUGGCCCUUGUUGGCUCUUCUUACACUUCUCCUAUUUCUUGUCGAAUAUCUUCUCAGCAGAGCAGCACAGAGAAGAUGUGUAAUUUCAAUGUAAGUACAGUACUAGACCAGUUGCGACUGCACACAUCGAGGGAACUUGCUUGGGAGAAAAAACUCAAUAGAAAAAGGGAAAACCACCCAUCCCAACAAGAGUCACCGUUAGAAGAAAAAGAAGAAAAAGUACCAUCACAACCACAAGAACAGCAAGAAGUAAAGAAGGAAGUGUUAUCGAUGGAAGAAGUCAUCUCAUGGUGUGAAGAGUUAUCCAAACCGGAGAUAAUGAAAACGUGCUCAGCAGAGGAGUGGUCAGAAGCCGUCCAACUACUCCUACACACUAUGGCAAGAAGAAGUAGACAUCACACUCAUAGCAAUAGAAUAAUAACAACAACAACAACAACAACACACAUUCCCUCUGAGAAGGAAGAAUCUGAAAAGAUAAUAGACACUACGUCACCAUGGGCUUCUGCCCUGUCUCUCUUUCUUUGUUCAACUCCUCCCAAAAAAGAGGCGAAUGCUGGUAAACCACAUAUGCAGCAAAUAACAUUAUGUGAAGAUCUGCUGCGGUGUUGUGUACGUCAUGGGGCUCCAGUGAAUGUGAGUCGGGCGGUAUAUCAGACAUUAAGAGCAUCUUUUUCUUCAGAAACACCACCAUCAACAACAACAAUGAAAAGAACAAAUAGUAGUUCACCCGUCUUCUAUAGAAUGUACGCACGCUUUCUAUUGACGACAGCUGUUCAUAUGGAGAAGGCAUCCGCUCACGCCCUACAAAAGGAGGCACUUCGAGUAUUGUUGCUAGAUGCUGCCGUAGAUGGAUGUAAACUGCAUCCCCCGGCUCUCCUCUUAUCACUUGAAUUACUACGCCGUAUGGCUACUGAUAUGCCAGCAAAAACUCCAUCGCUAUUAUCAUCAUCAUCAUUAGAUAAAGAACAACAAGAAUCAGAAAACAGAACAGUAGAUGAUGCCUUUUGGGAUCAUCUUCAAUGUGGAUCAAAUAUUAUGACUAUUGCCCGCGAUAUCUGUAGUUCUGUAUUCUCCAGUCAAAAUGCAUCUCUUUCUAUAAAACAGGAAGCGUUCUGUCAUCUUGUGGCGGUGGGCAUUCAUAUAUCUGAAGAAGAGUUAUCUCCAUUUGGGCACAUUUUUAACAGUAAGGAUAACAGAAAGAAGAAAUUCACUUUGCAAACAGGAAUGGAUGGAUAUCAUCAUCACCAUCACUAUCAACAACAACAAUUACACCUCUAUGUGCAAAUUCUCGAUAUUGUGAGUGAUCUAUUGAGCAGUAAAUCCACGGAACGUGAGACACUAGCGCAUAUAUUGUCAGAUCCGUAUGUUGUGCAUUCUCAUCACUCGCAAACCACACAUUUUGUUUCUGUAUGGCUGAUAGAAAACAUUAUACGGGGACUUCGGUUCUUUCAUCAUCAGGCUAUACAUAGUGGUUCUGUAGAAGGGAGUAAUAGUACAGUUGAGGCAUGGGAACAGUGUACACAAGCUGCAUUACGUUGUCUUCAGCGUGUUCUACUUUAUUUACCCAUAUCAUAUAGAAGACAUUCAAAAAAAGAUGAACAGGAACAAUGGAAUGUGCGGUGUUCUCGACAAGAGGCAUUCUGUUUAUUAUUUCAAUCCGCUCUUGAUGGUGUAUUUUAUGAUGAAUGCACACAUCCCACUACCCGCAAUACUCCCUCUGCUGUGAUGAUAACCCUCACACAGGCAUAUAGUGAGUUUGAUUGGUGUGGUCCUUCUGUAGUGAUUGCGGUGAAAUGUCUGCAUGCGUGGGGAAUGUACGAUCUCCUGCGGCGUAUCUUCACUAAGGUGUAUCGGCGGGAUGAAAAGCGAUGGUAUAGUGAGCAAUACAAUGCCAAUAAUAAUAAUAAUAAUAAUAAUAAUAAUAAUAAUAAUAAUAAUAAUAAUAAUAAUAACAAUAAUAAUAAUAAUCAUACGAAUAAUCAUAAUCGAAACGAUGAUAAUGCAGUGUAUAUUCCACUUCGAUGGCGAUCGUCACUUUCCAUGUCUACCUGUCAAUUAGUAGUACAGUCUGCGUGUGAUCAUAAUGAUCCUGCAACAGCUGCCCUAGCCAUUGCACACAUGCUGCGUCGUCUCCUUGUUGUUGAGUUCACUGAAUCCAUAGAGGUGGAACAAGAACAAGAAGAAGAAAAUGAAGAAAGUGAUGAAAUGUCUAGUACGACGGAGCAUUUAAUAGAGGGACGAAGUGUGAGUAUGUGGACGCGUCUCAUUCAAGAAGAUCUCAUUUCUCGCGUGGAUGAAGUAUACUGCCGUACCGGCAUUGAUACAUCACAACAGUGGUUGGGUGAUUUGGGUUUGGCAAGUGCCGUUGCUGCUGUUAAUACUGCUGAUGCUGCUGGUACUACUGGUAGUACAACUGCUGGUACUCUCGAGUAA